CGUUGCCCAUUAGACCCAUCAACCUCCAAUUCCGGCCCUGGUAUUUGCUUCUCGAGUUCUUUUGUGUUCUUGGACAGGCCUGCUGGUUUUUUUUUCUUUUUUGUCUCUUGCAGAAAUGGAUGACAUCGAGGAACGGCUGCGAGACCACGCCCAGGCCUUCGAUGGUCUGUUGUCGCUAAUCCCGGCAAAGAACUACUAUGGUGAAGAUGGCAGUGACCAAUGGCAGCGGAAAAAGCAGACCAAGGAGCAAGCUCGCGAAGCCAAGCGGGCCAAGUUGGACCCCGAUAAUGUCAAGACGGCCAAGGAUGUGAUGGACGAGAAGGCACGUAAGCGCAAGCGCAACGAAGAGCAAGCUGGAGAAGACGCCGCGUCUGAGGACGGAGAACUUGGCUCCGAGCAGCCCAGAGAAGGUCUGAAACGUGGUGACGCCAAGUCCAAGAAGCAAAAACAGACCGAAGACUCGGCAAACCCGGAUGCCCAGGCCAAGUCGGACGAGGCCGCCGAAGCGCGCAGAAAAUUGAAGGAAGAGAAGAAGGCACAGAAGAAGGCCAACCAAAAGGAGAAGAAGAAGGUCAAGGAUGCUGCCAGGAAGGCGAAGGAGGUUGAGCAAAAAUCUAAGCAGGACCAAACACCUACCGCCGAGAUUGCGCAAGAAUCAGAGUCCGCCCCUGCCAGCAAAAAUGAUGACAACGAAGUUGAGGCUGAGGACAGCGAUGAGAGCGACGCUGCCGAGGGCGUUGUUCCCGAGGAGGGACUUUCACUCGAGUUCAACGUAGAACCCGAGUCCUCUUCUGCAUCGACUCCCAAUUCCUCUGGCUUUGAUGCGUCCAAUCCCCAGUCCGGCAGCUCCUCCAUCUCCUCCGUCGCCCCCUCGACCGAUGCCCCCAAGUCCUCCACCUCCAACGACCUCAAGCCCCUCAAGGCCACUUCCGAACAGUUGAAACAGCGGCUUCAGAAGCGUCUGGACGAGCUUCGGGCUGCUCGUCACGCCGAUGGAUUGAAUGGCAAGCCCGCCCGCAACCGCCAAGAGCUCAUCGAGGCGCGCCGACAAAAAGCCGAGCAGCGCAAAGCGCACAAGAAGGAGCUGCGUCAGAAGGCCCGCGAGGAGGAACAACGGCUGAAGGACGAGGCCAUGGCCCGCCGCUUCUCUCCCGGCGGAUCCGGCUCCCUUCUCGCUUCUCCUCGCUCCCCUGCAGACUCGGUUGGCUCUUCCAGCAACGCCAACUACUCCUUUGGUCGGGUCGUCUUCGGCGACGGCCAGCACGCCGAUCCCACUCUCCAGAACGUCCGCGAUCAGCCCAAGCGGCAGGGUGCUCACCACGACCCAGCCGCCGCCCUCAAAGCUGUCGAAGCCAAGAAGGCCCGGCUGGCCUCCAUGGAUGAUGAGCGGCGGGCCGAUAUCGAGGAGAAGGACAUGUGGCUGAACGCAAAGAAGCGUGCCCACGGCGAGCGGGUCCGCGACGAUACCUCGCUGCUGAAGAAGGCCCUCAAGCGCAAGGAGACGGCCAAGAAGAAGUCCGAACGCGAGUGGCGGGAGCGAAUCGACGCCGUCAAGCACGGCAAGGACAUGCGCCAGCAGAAGCGCGAGGAGAACCUCCGCAAGCGCCGCGAGGAGAAGGGAGGCAACAAGGGCAAGAAGAAGCCCGCCGCUGGCGGAGGCAAGAAGAAGGCCAGACCGGGCUUCGAAGGUAGCUUCAAGGCCAAGGCUGGUGGUGGCGGUGGGAAGAAGAAAUAAGUGAACUGGACUUAGGUAGUCCUCAGCUCAGCUUCGCCUUUGCCCUUCCUUCUCCGGCCCUCCCAUCUUCUUACCAUUUCCAUUUCCCUCUCGCCCUCCCACCUUUACUAUCCUCCA